AUUUAAGACAAUCCGUUCGGCGAGUUUUGCAGACUGCUCGGGUUCAUCCUCAAAUUCACAGCCUUUUAACAGGUGCUAGAAGAAUCGAGAAGUGCUUUUGUCAAAAAUGAAGAUCUUGGCUUUGAUGCUCGCUUUAGCUCUUACAGCCUCAGCCGCCCCAGUAGAGGAGUGUAAUACCAUCUGUCCUUUCAUCCUCCUUCCCGUUUGCGGGAGUGACGGUGUCACCUAUGGCAACGAGUGUAACCUGAAUGUCAAGGCUUGUCAAUUACGUGUAAGCGGUGGCGAGAAGCUGUACAAGGUUGCCGAUGGUGAAUGCAAGACUGUCGCAGUUCAAACCAACUCCGUCGCCGCCCCAGUAGAGGAAUGCAAUACCAUCUGUCCUUUCGUCCUCCGUCCCGUUUGUGGGAGUGACGGUGUCACCUAUAACAACGAGUGUAACCUGAAUGUCAAGGCUUGUCAAUUACGUGUAAGCGGUGGCGAGAAGCUGUACAAGGUUGCUGAUGGGGAAUGCAAGACUGUCGCAGUCCAGACCAACUCCGUCGCCGCCCCAGUAGAGGAAUGCAAUGCCAUCUGUCCUUUCAUCCUCCGUCCCGUUUGCGGGAGUGACGGUGUCACCUAUGGCAACGAGUGUAACCUGAAUGUCAAGGCUUGUCAAUUACGUGUAAGCGGUGGCGAGAAGCUGUACAAAGUUGCUGAUGGUGAAUGCAAGACUGUCGCAGUCCAGACCAAUUCCGUCGCCCCAGUAGAGGAGUGUAAUACCAUCUGCCCCUUCGUUCUCCUUCCCGUUUGCGGGAGUGACGGUGUCACCUAUAACAACGAGUGUAACCUGAAUGCCAAGGCUUGUCAAUUACGUGUAAGCGGUGGCGAGAAGCUGUACAAGGUUGCUGAUGGUGAAUGCAAGACUGUCGCAGUUCAGACCAACUCCGUCAGUCAGUGUGAUCAGAUGUGUCCGACAACGUACCAACCCGUCUGUGGCUCUGCUAGCACCCCGGAUGGCGAAGUUACCUAUACCACUUAUUCCAACCAGUGCAACCUCAAUUUGAUGGCUUGCUUGGUGGCCGAGGUGUCCCCUGGCACCAAGCUGAGCAAAGUAUACGACGGACUUGACGAAAUCCCUAGGUUUAAUAUACCAUCUGUCCUUUUUCACUUGGGAUUGGUAAAACUCGGGCGCAUUUAUUUUAUCCGCCACAUUCAAGUUUUGCUACUGGAGAAUUUCAAUAUGAAAGCAGUAUUUUUGCUGGUAGUUUUGGUCGGUGCAGUAACAUCUGCGGAGAUAGAGUGUCCCAUGUUCUGCCCAUUUAACUGGGCCCCGGUGUGCGGUAGCGAUGGAAAAACAUAUGGAAAUGACUGCUCUUUGACUGUGGCGGCGUGCCAGGCGGGCAAAAUCGGAGUUAAGAUUACCAAACUUGCCGAUGGCGAGUGCAAGGUGGCCGUGCAAGAGACAACCCAGCCACCCACCAAGGCCCCCGAAACGUGCAUGAUUAUGUGCACAAUGCAGUAUGACCCGGUGUGCGGUACUGACGGGAGAACUUACGGGAACGCUUGUUCACUGAAGUCUGCAGCCUGCUUCCGGGCCCAGGAAGGUGAGAAACUCAGCAUGGCUUACGCAGGCGCAUGUAAACCUGUCAGGAAGUAAAAUGUAACAGAAAUCAAACAACUGC